AUGACUUCCAACAUAAAAUCUGAAUCCCAAAUCAAAAUCUUCUCUCCACAAAGCAACUUCUCUAAUUAGAUUUAAUAGUUCAAACAUGAUUCAUCUAGAAAUCUAGAUUCUGAAAAUAAUCAAUAAAUUAUGAUUUCUAAUAGUGUAAACAAUUCAAUUAACAACUUGUCUCCCACUAAAUUAAACUUUACAAGAACUCUAAGGAAAACUUCCAUCAAUCAAAAUACUAUUGCUAGAGAAGAUAAUUUAAUUAUUUCAUGUUAAAGUUGUGAUAAUCUAGAUGAUUUAAACCUUAUCUAACCAUGUUUAUGCGAUGUAAAAUAUAUUUUUAUGAAUAGACCAAUUAUCAUGCUUCUUGUUUUAAAUAGAAAUUACUUAAAAUUCCAGGUUUAUUUAACUAAGAGAAUUUUACUUGUUUACAGUGCGGAACCAAGUACAAAGUUUAAAAAUUAGAGACAUAUACUUCAAAAACUUUUGUAAGAUUACUUUUCUAUAUUUAAGAUCCAUCUUUCCAAUAUAAUAUUAUUUGUAUCGAAACUAAUAAUAACUCUAGGUGGUUUAGGUGGAUUAUCUUAUUGGUUUUAUAGCUACACAAACGAAUAGUAAGAAAUAUCAUCCUUAAUUGCUGUAAUAGUGUUGUUGAUAUUGUUAUUUCUACUCUAUUUGGUUUAUUUAGUAUUGGAAAUAUUUAGAGGUGAACCUGAGAUUAAUUGGGAAGUGCUUGAUUAUAAAAAAGAAAUAGAAAUGUAAUUGAAUCCAGAGGAAUUAAAUUUGUUAGAGAAUAGAUCAUCUAAAUUAGAAAAGAAUGAUAGACCUACUACAUAAAAUUAAAUAAUAAGUGUCUAAUAUCCUUAAAAUAAUUUAUAAGAAAUUAUAAAUUGAAUUUACUUAGUUUUUGAAUAUG